GAAACUCGUGUGAGGGUAGCACUCUCCUGGGCUGUUUUCCGUGACAUGCUGUUUAGGCCUAGGCUGUUAAGGACACACGUGGAAGCCUCAGGAGGGUGGCUGGGUGAAAGGCCACUGUGGAGUUGGGCGAAUCAGGCCUGCAGGCACUACAGGAGGCGCCAGGGCGAAGGGCCUCUUUCGUUGCGGUCUUAAGAGCGGGAGGCCUUAAGUGCGAGACACCAAUGGUCCUGAGGCUACGUGCUGCUCACGACAUGGAGGAACUCGAUGGGGAACCGGUGGUGACUUUGAUCCCAGGUGUGAAUUCCAAGAAGCAAAUGUGCUUUGACUGGGGUCCUGGGGAGAUACUGGUCUGUGAAACCUUCUUCAAUCAAAAAGUUUCAGAAACAUCUGAGAUGGUACCAAGCUGCCCCUUUAUCCAUAUCAUCCGGAAGGAUGUAGAUGUUUAUUCUAAAAUUUUGAGAAAACUCUUCAAUGAAUCACAUGGAAUCUUUGUGGGCCUUCAGAGAAUUGAAGAAGAAUUGAAUGGAAAAUCCAGAAAAGCCCAAUUGGUUCGUGUGAGUAAGAACUACCGAUCCGUCAUAAGAGCUUGUAUGGAGGAGAUGCACCAGGUUGCACUUGCUGGGAAAGAUGGAGCCAGUGGCCACCAAUUCAGCAGCCAGGUCUCCAUUUUAUCAGCGAUGGAGCUAAUUUGGAACCUGUGUGAGAUCCUUUUCAUUGAAGUAGCCCCAGCUGGCCCUCUCCUCCUUCACCUUCUUGACUGGGUCCGGCUCCAUGUGUGCGAAGUGGACAGUUUGUUAGCAGAUGUUCUAGGCACUGGAAAUCCAAGCAAACAUGAGAGCUUCUGGAACUUGGUGACCAUCCUGGUGCUGCAGGGCCGCCUGGAUGAGGCUCGGCAGAUGCUGUCCAGGGAGGCUGAUGCCAACCCCGCCUCUGGAGACAUGUGCCACAUCCUGGGGGAUCUGAUGAGGACAAUGCCCAUUCUAAGCCCUGGCAACACACAGACGCUGACGGAGCUGGAGCUGAAGUGGCAGCACUGGCGAGAGGAGUGCGAGCGGCACCUGCAGGACAACACAUUCGCAGCCAGCCCUGCCCUGGAGUCUCUAUGCAAGAUCAUGCUGGGGGACGAGGCCACCUUGCUGGAGCAGAAGGAACUGCUGAAUAACUGGUACCAUUUCCUCGUGACUCGGCUGCUGUACUCUCACCCCACCGUAAAGCCUAUUGACCUGCACAUCUAUGCCCAGUCCAGCCUGGACAUGUUUCUGGGCGGUGAGAGCAGCCCAGAACCCCUGGACAACAUCUUGAUGGCAGCCUUUGAGUUUGACAUCCACCAGGUGAUCAAGGAGUGCAGCAUCGCCCUGAGCAAUUGGUGGUUUGUGGCUCACCUGACAGACCUGCUAGAUCACUGCAGGCUCCUCCAGUCCCACAACCUUUAUUUUGGUUCCAAUAUGAGAGAGUUCCUCCUGCUGGAAUAUGCCUCAGGGCUGUUUGCUCAUCACAGCCUGUGGCAGCUGGGGGUGGAUUACUUUGACCACUGCCCUGAGCUGGGCCGUGUUUCCUUGGAGCUGCACAUUGAGCGGAUCCCUCUCAUCACUGAGCAGAAAGCCCUCAAGGUGCUUCGGAUUUGUGAGCAGCGGCAGAUGACGGAACAAGUCCGCAGCAUCUGUAAGGUCCUGGCCAUGAAGGCCCUCCGUGACAGUCGUCUGGGCUCUGCCCUCUCUUGGAGCAUUCGUGCCAAAGAUGCUGCCUUUGCCACACUGGUUUCAGACAGGUUCCUCAGGGAUUACUGUGAGCACGGCUGCUUUUCUGACUUGGAUCUCAUUGACAACCUGGGGCCAGCCAUGAUGCUUAGCGAUCGGUUGACAUUCCUAGGGAAGUACCGCGAGUUCCACCGACUGUACGGGGAGAGGUGCUUCAGCGGGGCCUCAGCUCUCCUCCUGUCCCUGAUGACAUCUCGGAUUGCCCCGCGCUCUUUCUGGAUGACUCUGCUCACAGAUGCCCUCCCUCUUCUGGAACAGAAACAGGUGAUCUUUUCAGCGGAACAGACAUAUGCGCUAAUGCGAUGCUUAGAAGAUUUGACCUCAAGGAAGCUGGAAUGCGAAGAGCCAGAUGCCCAGAAACCCCAGGAUGAUGACAUAGAGACCACCAAGUUGGAGAUGCUGAGACUUGCUCUUGCCAGGAAUCUUGCUCGGGCAAUUAUAAAAGAAGGCUCACUGGAAGGUUCCUGAAGUCGGCUAAGAGCUCCUGCAGUGUGGUUAACUUUGUAUGGCAAUGUAAAAUAGCUUUUUAAAAUAAAUGUUCUCUGGCAAAUAAAA